CUUACUGGAGGUUUUGGCUGUGUGUCAGCGUUGUGUAUGAGCUCUUCCUCAUCUUUAUACUCUUUCAGACUGUACAAGAUGGCAGACAGUUUAUGAAGUACAUUGAUCCACAUUUAGGUGUUCCUUUGCCAGAAAGAGACUACGGUGGAAACUGCCUUAUUUAUGAUCCUGGCAAUGAAACCGAUCCAUUUCACAACAUCUGGGACAAACUGGAUGGAUUUGUUCCUGCUCACUUUUUUGGCUGGUACCUGAAAACGUUGAUGAUUCGAGACUGGUGGAUGUGUAUGAUCAUCAGUGUAAUGUUUGAGUUUCUGGAGUACAGUCUGGAACACCAGCUUCCAAACUUCAGUGAAUGUUGGUGGGAUCACUGGAUAAUGGAUGUGAUCUUAUGUAAUGGAUUAGGAAUUUACUGUGGGAUGAAGACUCUGUCUUGGCUUUCUUUGAAAACAUACAAAUGGCAAGGACUUUGGAACAUUCCUACGUACAAAGGUAAAAUGAAGAGAAUUGUCUUCCAGUUCACCCCCUAUAGCUGGGUCAAAUUUGAGUGGAAGCCAGCGUCCAGCUUACGCAGAUGGCUAGCAGUUUGUGGCAUAAUCUUCGUCUUUUUAUUGGCAGAGCUGAACACAUUUUACUUGAAGUUUGUCCUUUGGAUGCCACCAGAACACUACUUGGUCCUGUUACGACUUGUCUUUUUUGUCAAUGUGGGAGGUGUGGCUAUGAGGGAGAUCUACGACUUCAUGGAUGACCCGAAGUUCCAUAAGAAAUUGGGUCAGCAGGCAUGGCUGGUUGCUGCUAUUACUGCCACGGAGUUUCUGAUUGUCGUGAAGUAUGACCCCUACACGCUCACGCUUUCUCUCCCUUUCUACAUCACCCAGUGCUGGAUCUUGGGGAUUAUACUUGUGCUCACCUGGACAGCCUGGCGUUUCUUCAUCCGUGACAUCACUUUGCGGUAUAAGGAGAUAAGGCGACAGAAGCAAGAGCACAAAUAUGAAAAGGACAAAUGCUUGAGCAAUGGUGAUGGGCACUCAUCAAUACUGGAUGAACAAAAUGGGAACAAACUAAGGGAGAGGAAACUUUGAGCAACAGACAAAGGGCUAAAAGGAACUCGUAGUGCUCAAGUUGGCCUGUGGACAGUUUCAACCUUAUCCUACCUAACUUGUAAUUUUCAUUGUUAGUUUUCCAACGUGUGAAAAUCCUCUUGGGGAAAAGAUGUCACUUUGACAUACACACCCUUUCUCCUCGUGUACACCUAGUCAGUCGGAGAAAGUCUGUGUAGAGGGAAGUCAGAACCAACACCACUGCCACGAGAUGGGAUCUUCAUUCAAGCGUGUUGUGUGUCUUCCUUGAAAACAAGGUUUGGAAACGAGGGGCUUUAAAACAAAGCACAAAGGGAAUCUAGCUGAUCUAUUUCCAGUAAACUCCGAGAUUU